UUUGCUGUCAUACAAAAGCAGUAUAAACUAAAUUCACUAACUUGUGUUAUUUAUAAAGUCAAUGAUGCAGAUUCCCCAACCCCGUACCCUUGAGGAAGGAACCUGCGCUGAACAAAUGCAGCAGGAACACCCUGCUGUGUGGUACACGGGUAAGUAACAGUACAGUAAAUCAGCGCGAGCCCCAUGAGGGAGCAGCGGCGUUAACCGCUGCACCGCUAGGGGGCGCAGCGGCUCUACGUAUUCAGGGGAAGUCCGACAAACGUGACGUUGACCGCGAAACCGCCGCUUUCCUGCAGUGGCACAGCGACUGCGCGCGCGCUCUCUCGGUCACGCACGGGCGCGCGAGCACACACUGAGGCGGGAGAUGUACAAAACGCAUUGGCGUCGCGACCGUGGAGGCUUCGUGAGGGUGAGGAAGAGGGACCUGGAGAGGCUGACCACUGAGGUCAUGCAGCUUCGUGACUUUCUGCCCAAAGUCAUCAGCAGAGAUGUGCUGGAGAAGGUCCGCCAAGGCCACGUGGUGGACGUCGUGAAAGAGCGCAUUGAGCUGGAGCGGGAGCAGCUGCAGCAGGACUAUCUGCACCUGUGCUCACGCCUGGAUGCCGCCCACUGUGAAUGCCAAAGGGAGAGGGAGGAGAAGCUGGCACUUAGACAGCAGCUGUGGGUGAGCCAGGAGCAGCUGCAGCAGCAGGCUGAAUUUUGCACAACACUAGGUGUGGCCUCCUGCACUCUUCUCUGGAGUGUGUCCAGCAAGGAGGAGGUCAUCAAGGAUAUCUUGGCUGACAGAAAGGCAGAGGCCUUCCUGGCUGUUGCAGCACAAACACUGGAGAGCUUUGUUGGCCAGUCUCUGGACAGAGAGGGAAAGGUGGAGCAGCAGACUAGCUCCCAGGAGAUGCAGUUUGUCCUGGCACUGGCUGGGAUUGUCACCAACAUAGCAGCUGUGACGUGUGGGCGGGACUUCCUGUCUAGCUCUGCCCACAUGCUGCUGGACACUCUGAUGCAGCUGCUUGGGGUCAUGAAACCAGGAGUCUUCUCCAAGCUUAAAGUGUUGAUGCUCAUGGCACUGUACAAUGUCAGCAUCAGCAUUAAGGGCCUGAAGUACAUCAGCGAGAGCUCUUGUCUCCUCCAGCUCCUCCCCUCCCUCCUGCAAGACAGUGACGGGGAGGUGUGCCACUGUGCCCUUCGGCUGCUCCAGUCUCUGCUUCUGCAAAACAAUGAAGCCCUGCCCUGUGUUGGUCCAAUGCUUUGGGACCGUUUACCACUGGCUCAUCUCCAACAACUUUGUUCAAGCCGGAACCCCAUCCUCAGGCAGGCUGCUGAGGAAAUGCUGGACCACUUGGCUGCACUCGGUGGUCCUUGGAGGGACACGCUCAAUGGAAUGGACAAGAAGGGCCCUUCUCAAGUGAGCUUUGAUCUACCAACACAGUGUCCCAGAGCAGUCACUCAGCAGACACCUACAUAGCAUUAAACUUUUCACAUGGCACCAAUAGGUAUAGAUAUUCUCAUGUUGUGUGCUACACCUCUGCCCCCGUUUUUUUGUUGACAGUCCCUGAAUUCACUCCCCAUUAGCUACUGACCCUGUUAGUAUCCUAAACAUGAGACGCAAAGGGGAUGAAGAUUCAGCUGUGGCAUCAGUGAAGACAAAACAUGACAGAAUAUCCUGUUAUUCAGGUGUUAUUUGUUUUGCAAACCGUAAUCAGUGCACGUCAAUGGUAAACCUAAAAUGGAGGUAUUUGGGUCAUGAUUUGAUGGUUUAGCCCCACUCCCUUUAGAGUAAACUGCUAUUACCUGAUAGUUCCUAUCAAAGGGGUCACUCAUUGCUCUUGGUGUUCCACUAUUGAUGUGGACAUAACUUGGUGACGGAUGAAUUUAGUAGACAUAGGGCCCAAAAGCCUUUGUAUAUGAGAAAAAGCCUUAAACCAUGAAGGUCCAUGGAAAACAUGCACGGUGUGGGUAUUAAGCCUGCAGAGAGACACAUGUUGAAUCCCAUCAAGGUGAACUGCAGAUUAAGUAGCUACAGUGUAAUAAAUAAAAAGCUGUAUCAGCUGGGGAAAGAUUUAAGCCGCAAAAGUCAGUUCACACUUCACAACCACACUGCUGUGCUACAGGAACAUUAAUUCCACACUGCAGCAGAGUACGUGACAACAUUACAUGAGAAAUGGGCCCAUACUUCUUGUUUUCUGCCUACGUACAUGCCGAUGUGGCAAAAGGAUCUUUUUAAAGGCUAAACUA